UGGUUCUAAUUAUGUGAAUUAUGUAAAAUUAAUCACACACUUAGGCUAUAGAGUCAUGGCCACUGCUGCUGGAGACCAUGUUCAGGCUGGCCCUGAAGUCCAAGUAGUACUAGGUCAGAUCAACCUUGAAACUGAGCCUCAGCCCUCAACCCAGGAGGAAAAUGAAAACGUUAACAGUUCUCUGGUUGGAAGCUACCCUUUGCCGGAUGUGGCUGGGACUUCACUCUAUAAGGAGAUGAGAACCGAAAUGAAUGAACUUCGUAUUAGAGCUGAAGCUGCUGAACAACAGGUGAAAAAAGUGCUAGGGGAAAAGAAGAGCAAUUAGUCCAGAAAACAGAAAAGUUGCGCCAAGUAACAAAGGAGAAAGCUGAGAUGUCUCAAAUUGUUAAGACGCUGGAAAACAAAGCAGAUGACCUUAAAAAGCAACUAGCUGACAGUAAAAGGGAAUUGUCUGAAGAAGUCGAACAGGCUAAGCAGAAGGACGAGAAGCUCAGAGAAGCUACACACGAGUUGGAGACAUACAGAGAACAGAUAGAAGAAUUUAAAAAGCAACUUACUGGUGCUAGUGAAGAGGAGAAACAUCUCAAGUCUGUAAUUGCUGACCUGAAGAAACAAGUGGAAGAUCUGACAGCCGAGAAGGAGGUUCUUGAAAAGAAAAUUGCUGAGUUACAUGAACAGGUUGAUAGCUUAAAACAACAAAUGGAUAACCUCGAAACUCAAAACAAGAAAGUCCAAGAGAAGAUGGAUGAGUGUGUCCAAAAAGAAGACUUGGAUAAAAUGCAAGAGGAUAUGAAGAAGGAAAUGGCGGAGGAGCUGGAUCGUCGCUGUAAAAAAGAGCAGAUAGAGAUGCAAGACAAGUUCAACCUGUUGCUAAAACAACUAGAGCCUGUCUUGUCUGGUAAUAGGCCUUUACAACAAUUACAGGACAUUUUAUAA